AUGAGGUUGAUUUUCAGUAUCCUAAUUUCACUCAUUUUUUCAUUAUUUGUCUCACCAGCUAUCACCGAUUCUGAGGAGGAAGAUGAUGCCGCCUGGUUUUCAUUUUCGUCCUCCGAGGAAAAUCAGGAAUUGAGCCGAAACCAAUCCAAAGUUAAGAAAUCGACUUCACCAAAAGUUUUACGAUGGGAUAGAGCCGGCCUUUGUGACCAUGACGUCUUCACAUCGGUCAUGCUCAAAUUAAUUUUGGACGCGCAAGAUAAAAUGACAGCUGGUGACAAUAGCACCGGACUGAUGCCACUGGAUCCCAUUUUUAUCCCAGAAAUCGUUAUAGAUCCAGAAAAAAUGAGAAAUUCGGGCAGUGAUGGGGACGAGGAUAGUUCUUCAAAGAUAAGAGGAACCUUUAGCGACAUCUACAUUAAGGAUUUAUCUAAAUUUAACGUCACCGGAAUUAACUUCGAUUUACCAAAUAUGUUUCUCAAUGUGUCCCUUGUUUUCGAAUCCGUAACAAUUUCAGGAACCGGUUGCCUUAAAGCGGGCCCCCUUCAACUACCGAUUUUUGGCAAGGGGAAAUUCCUAUUUAAACUGAGAAACGUGAACACCUUCAUUUCUGCAAACUUCGGUACCCACGCCAACGAAACGAGAUACCUGAAAGAUUUCGACUAUGGUCUGACCCUUAAAACUCUACAUGCCGAUCUCACGCCACCACUUCGUGCCGUCGUGGGGUUGGACAGAAUGUGGAACCCCUUCGCUCGAAUGACGAGUGGGCUGCGUGCCAAAAUUUUCAACAGAUUGGAGCAAAUGCUACAUCCACCCUUGAGGGAGCGAGGGAGCCAAGAAAUUUCCAAGCGGAUGGGGAGAUGGAAAAUGUUAAAUGAAGAAAUUAUGGAGAACAUGAUAAAUCAUUCUGUGUUCUGUUACUUUGGCUAAGGACAAUUUUCUAAUCAUCCUCAGCACCAUUUUCCAUCGAGAUUUUGGAGUCACGAGUUUAAGAACUUAAAUAUGUGUAAUCGAAGAAUUAAAUACAGAAUUCAGGUUGAUAAAUCUUGUAUACGCGUUUAAUGUAUAAAUACUUACAUAAUA